GCAUGACUUCCCUGCUGAUGGUGUCACCAGGUCCUUCCUGUCCGGGUGAGUAACGCCCCGUCCCGCUCUGGCCUCCGCGCUCUUCAGUGCGUUUUUAGCUGCAGCGCAUGCUGAGGGCGUUAGACUGGGGGUGUCUGCGGCAGCCAGUGCUGUUACUAACAGAUCUACUAUGUCAAACACACUAUAGGUCGGAGCUCUGUGUCUGUUUGGAGCGUGUGAAGAGCUUUAUAUAGCCACAGCCAUCCAGGAAGAAGGAAUGCCCCUGGAUGCCAGUGACCAUAUUUGCACAGUGUCUGCUCCAGACACACUGCACACACCGACUAAAUGUUCUGAUGCAAGCCUGCUCAUCCGUCUCCCCGCUCAGACGCGAGUGUGAGCGUACACACAUUCACACACUGCUGCAGUUCCACCGGAUCGCCACCAUCAGGCAAUGCAGCUCCUCGUCUGGCUGCGACAGUCGACCUGCUCUGACUCACUGAGAGGAAAAACUUCUCCCUCUCUUUCCAGCACUUUCUGGUUUUCUCUUCUUGACACUCUGUUCAUCCGACCGACAGCGUCCUGUCCCGAACCGGCCGAGAUCUUCUGUGCUUCACUUUAUCUCUUCCUGCUCUGAUCUGGGACUGUAGACUGAGGUUGGACUUGAAGGGUUCUUUACUUUUCCUUUUAUUUAUUUUUAUUUUUUUUAUCUUUUACCCUCCCUGGCAUUGUCCAUGAGUGUGUUUGAGUGUCCGUGAGUCAGUAUGCCAUGUCGUCCCCUGGCUCGUCGUUUGUACAGAUAAAGCAUGAGGAUUUGCUUUUUUACGAAAACUGUGGAGGAGGCAGCUUUGGGAGUGUCUACAGGGCCCUCUGGAUAUCCCAAGACAAGGAGGUGGCUGUGAAAAAGCUUCUCAAGAUCGACAAAGAGGCCGAGAUUCUCAGCGUACUGAGUCAUAAGAACAUCAUUCAGUUUUAUGGAGCUGUGCUGGAACCUCCCAACUAUGGCAUUGUCACAGAAUAUGCGAGUGGAGGGUCUCUGUAUGAUUACAUUUCCAGUGAGCAGAGUGAAGAAAUGGACAUGGAGCAAAUCAUGACGUGGGCCAUUCAAAUAGCCAAAGGGAUGCAUUACCUCCACGCAGAAGCUCCAGUCAAAGUGAUACACAGAGACCUCAAAUCGCGAAACGUGGUAAUGACUGCAGAUAAAGUGCUAAAGAUAUGUGACUUUGGAGCCUCUAAGUUUCUAUCUCACACCACCCAUAUGACGGUGGUGGGCACUUUUCCCUGGAUGGCUCCUGAGGUUAUUCAGAGUCUGCCCGUCUCUGAGACCUGCGACACCUACUCAUACGGUGUGGUGCUGUGGGAGAUGCUGACUCGGGAGGUUCCUUUCAAAGGUUUCGAGGGGCUUCAGGUUGCGUGGCUGGUGGUGGAAAAGCAAGAGAGGCUAACCAUUCCCACCAGCUGCCCUGCGAGUUUUGCAGAGUUGAUGCGGAAAUGUUGGCAAGCAGAUCCAAAGGAACGACCGCAAUUCAAGCAGGUGCUGCUAACCUUGGAGUCCAUGGCGAACGACAGCAGGCUGCCAGACCAGUGCAACUCCUUCCUACAUAACAAAGACCAGUGGAGAUGUGAAAUUGAAUCAACCCUUGAACGCCUCCGGAAGCUGGAGAGGGAGCUGUACUCCAAGGAGAAGGAGCUGGAGGAGAGAGAGAGGAGGCUCAAACUGUGGGAGGAGAGGCUGAUGGAGAGGUCCAACAUGACUCCCAGUCCGACCUCUUUACUCAUGGACCGCUCAAACAUUUCCCCGUUCUUCACACCAAUGUCCAUCGGCUCCUCUGGCUCCUUCUUCCGCUCACACUCCCAGGACUCCAACAGCGCCAGCCUCAGCAGCGCCGGGGUCAGUAGCGCCGGUGUCAGCUGUCUCCUCCGCACACUCAGCAACGGAGACACAGAACGAGGGAGCAGCGCCGUCAUGGAGAGGGGCUUGGGUUCUCUCGACAGCGGCAGGCUGCACGUCAUGCUCCGAGGGUUACAGGGGAGGUUCGAAGAAGACAGGGAAGACGAAGGUACUAUUGAGGAGAAAGAUUGGGGGCAUAAGGAGCAAAAUGAUAGCGGGAGUCUUGAGGGGGGGAGGGUGCAGGUAACACUCAGGAGCUUCCCGGGAGGCGUCGUCGAGAGGGAGGAGAGAACCUGGGAGGAAGGGGACAGGGAGCGAGGCGGCAUGCAGAGAAGCAGAGUGACCACGAUAGUUCGAGGGUACUCAGGAGGAUUCGGCGAAACAGAGGAGCAGGGUGAGAAGGAUGGGGGGUGGGAGACAGAAAAAUUAGGGGAUAAAUUAGAGGAGAGAGGGGUGGAGGGAGGGAUUGAGGGAAGCAGGCUGCCGUCCAUGUUUAAGGGUCUCCGAGGGAGUUUUGGUAGCUUGGGGGACAUGCUGUCCUUAGACAUGGAUGAGAUGGGGGAGAUGGACAGACUUGGCGACAUGGACAUGAAUGUGAACAUGGGCGACCUGGGAGUGAUGAAGGUGAGGGGUCAGGGCGUCAGGAGCGAGGUGGGCGUCAGAGGUCGCAGGAGUGACAUGGGGGUUGUGGUCCAGGGAGUCAGGGGUGACCUCAGCGAGGCCAUCAGCCAGAAGAUAAGAGGCGAAGUCGGGGUUGUCGGUCUCUCCGGGAUGCAGGUGAGCAUGCGGGCGUCUUCCAAUCAGAACUCUGUGAAGAGCUGCAGCGUGCGACACGGAACAAAGAUCAACAUGGCGACCUCCGCCAUGGACAUGAUGGAGCUCGACUGGUCCGACAGCGACUAGGAAGCACAUGGGGGUAACAUGCGGUCACGGCAAAGGAGAAACGGGAAAAAAAAACGGUUUAACUUGUUUGCACAGAGAGCAUGUGACCUACGGGUUGUGUCGCAGCCUUCAGAUGAGGCAGAUGCAAAUCAUUUUUUAACGAAGUUUAAUAAUGCACCCAUGUGUUUCAGGAGAAAGCACAGCAAUCCGAGCCCCUUUCAGACAUCAGCUUUUUAACACGACGACUGCAACGACAAUGGCGGUCAGUUUUUCAAAGGCCACUUUUACAUGUCUCGUAUAUCUCCUAUACGUGGAGAUGUACGAAUUCAUUCAUUACAGAGAUUAGAUCAGCCGUCGACAAGAAUUUUGAAUCCAGCUGCAAGUAUGUUUGAUUUUCAGCUCGCCUGGUCUUACCAGUCAGACUGAAUGCACCUUGCAUAACACCUUGUGUAUACCCACCGUUUCGCCGCAGAAGCGCAAACAUUGUCUGCAGAGCGACUGUUCUGUCGUUUCAGCCAAUCGCACAUUUCAAGUUUUGCAACAGUUUCUGCACAGUGGGAGUGGUGCUAAAAAAACACACAAAGAACAUCAAGAAGAAACAUUCGAUUUUACAACAAAAUGCUCACUUUGCAAAGUGUCACACUGACUUAUAGAAACAGCUAAAAUGUAACACUUAUAAGGUCAAGCGUUGUAGUUGGAAGUCUUUACGCCAUAGAUUCUUCUGCAUUCAUUUGCUGAACGCAUGCAGAUUUGAUCUGCAGUGACAUCUGUUGCUUGAAAUAGGUACUGCAGUGAAUGCCUAAAGCAAGGGUAAAAAAAAAAAAAAAAGCCAAAGGGACAUUCUUUACACAUAAACUCUUUCGUGAUGCUUAAUAUUUCAAGGUGUCCCAGCAUAAUAGAUCGUUGCAACAUAAAAUGGAGUCAGACAAAGCACGAAAGAUAGAUCAGGUUUCUGGACAGGAAACUACUUUCAGACAUUGAGACAUGUCUGCAGUUCUUUCACACUGCAAGACUUGUGCCAGAUAAAAGGAACAAGGACUUUACUUUCAGAAAGAAUAUGUUUUCAAGGUGUGUAAAAGUGACCUUUGUGCUCAUUCUGAUAUGUUCUGUCAGCAUCAGAUAAACACAAACAAGCGUGUCUGAAAGGGGCGACGUGUGCUGUCCCGACAAGUCCUCAGACUGACUUCACCUGUGUAGUUUAAAUAACUUUUAAACUGCUGCAUAACAUACUGUAAGAGGUACAAGUGUGACAAAACGAUGCACUUGAAUGCCACACUAAUAAGGCAGCACUGUUGUUUUUUUUCUCCUCCUGCUUUUAAGAUAUUUUGUAGUUUGUGGAUUUGAUUUGUUAAACAUGCUUAGACUUCAUCAGUUCUGUGAUCUAGUGUGAGAAAUUUUGGCAUUUUCCGCCCCCCCUCUGUAUAUUGUAUCAUUUUUCAAUAAAAAGAAAAUCUGUUUGAU